UAGUCGACCAGCUGCUAUGUGCAGCUUGAAAAGGUAGCGAUGGUGGGGCGGUUCUUAUAAAAGGCGACGGGAGCAUAGAACUGAACUCACUCUCGCUGAACACGUAUUGGAUUCCAUCUCGCCUGUGUCUUCCCCAGAGAUGUUUAAGCACAAUCUAAAUUUGUCUUUAUUUCUCUUCGCUAUACUGAAUGGGUACGCGACAGCGGGCAAACACGAUUUCGAUGUUUUAAUUUUCACUCAACAUUGGCCACAAACAGUCUGCUACACGUGGAAGGAGAAAGACCCUUCGCAUUCUUGUGCACUACCGAGGGACAAAGGGGAAUGGACGAUCCACGGGAUUUGGCCCUCACAAUUUAAUAAAUUAGGCCCGGCAUUCUGUAACCCUUCCUUACCAUUCGAUCCGAAUGCUUUGGCGCCUUUGGCGGGACAAUUGAAAGAGAAAUGGAUUGACAUAGAGUACGGAAGGGAGUCUUCCUCUCUUUGGGAACACGAGUGGAAUAAGCAUGGCACUUGUGCGGCAGUACUUCCGCAAUUAAGUACCGAGCAGAAGUAUUUCAACGAAGGUCUCGUUUUGCUGUCCAAGUACGACAUGAAAAACGUUUUGGCAAGGGCAAAUAUCGUACCUGGGUUUUCGUAUAGAGUACCCGACAUUUUAAACGGGAUUCAACAAGUAUUGGGCACACACGCUACUGUAGAAUGUAGAAAGAACCGAGAUACCGGAGAAUCAUACCUAUUUGAAAUACGUAUAUGUUUCGACAAAACGUUACGAUUAGUCAAUUGCGACGGUGUUUACGGAUAUCCCACGAACUGUCGCGGAAACGUAAAGUAUCCUGGUGAUAUACCACAUAACUACUUUGCAGUAAGGGUAUGACUGUAAUUCUAUUGUGUAGUUUCAUGAAAACACGCAUAAAAAGAUCUAACAAAUAAUCUUGGUAAUU